GUCAAGUGUUGGAAGAGAUCGAAAGCAUAUAUCGAAAAUUCGAAAGUGGUUGUCUUGAUUGUGCUGUUUGUGUUGUGGAAUUUUUGUUUAUGUUUCUCUUCUUGUUGUUUCAAAGAUUUUUAUUGACCUAAUCAAGCGAUCCGCCAGAUCACAAGUGACACGAGUACAAAUAAAAAAAAGUGUUAAAGUUCUUGCGCCACCGGCUACCAGCAAACCCCAAGUCACGGCUGAUAUUCAGGGAUAUUGUAACCACAUCCAAAUACCUAGGACUGAUCAUGGAGUACUUCAGUGGAUCAAAAAAAAUGCUGCAAUUCAUUGUGGAUGAUUGGAAGCUUCUAUUAUUGCUGUCAUUUAUUUUUGGGAUAUAUUUCUACUACACUAGCACUUUCGAUUUUUUCGAAAAGAAAGGUGUUAAAUACAUGAAGCCCACUAUUUUUGUGGGAAAUAUGGGUAAAAGGAUAGCUAGCAAAGUUUCAUUUCAUUCAUUUCAGUUGGAAAUAUACAAUUAUUUUAAAGGGAACCCAUUUGGAGGUUUCUUUGAAGGAAAAAGGCCUAUUUUAUACCUUAUGGAUCCAGACCUAAUAAAAGCUAUUACCAUUAGAGACUUUGAUUAUUUUGUAGAUAGAAAUACUAUGCGUAUCAGAGAACCUAGAUAUGUCAGCCAGUCUCUUCUCAAUCUUAAGGGUUCCGAAUGGAAAGCUGUCCGCAGUACAUUGACUCCAGCGUUCAGCUCAGCUCGUUUGAAGAAUAUGCUGCCUCUCAUUGAGCAUUGUUCACAGCAACUGGUUGAGUUUUUAAAACAGUACAAUGGAAAAGAUGUAGAAAUGAAAGACACAUUAGGACAUUUUACAUUGGAGGUCAUAGGUGCUUGUGCAUUUGGAAUUAAAUGUGAUGCACUCACUGACGAGAAUGCACGUUUUGUGAAGGUGGCCGAGAAAUUCAACUAUAUGUCCAAGAGCAAGAGAAUAUUUUUACUCAUAAUACUGAUGACUAUGCCGAAGUUGAUGAGGUUUUUGCAUAUGUCAUUUCUAAAUCCUGAGAGCAUCACAGAAUUGAUGGCCAUAUUACAGAAAGCAAAGGCAGAACGAAGAUCUACUGGAAUUAAGAAGAAUGAUUUCCUACAGCUUCUUAUUGAUGCUGCUGAUUCAAAAAGGGAGGAUGAUGUAUCUGCUCCUGAUUCGGAAAAGUCGAGGGCCAAACAAUGCCUGGACGACGACACGAUAGACGCACAGACGCUGCUGUUCCUGAUAGCCGGCUACGAGACGUCCAGCACGUUGCUGUCGUUCGCCGUGCACGUGCUGGCGACUCAUCCUGAACUUCAGGACAAGCUGCGCGCGCACAUACUAGACUCCACUAAUGGGAAAGAGAUUAGCUACGAUCUGCUUUCGCAGCUCUCUUAUUUGGAGGGAUUUUUACUUGAGACACUCCGCAUGUACCCCCCCGUAUCGCGUGUGGACCGCAUCUGCGUGAAGCCCUAUACGCUACCCGGCACCUCGAUACAAGUAGACGUGGGCGACGCUGUGGCAAUCCCUAUCUACGGCAUCCACAUGGACCCCGAGUACUACCCAGAACCACUCGAGUUCCGACCCGAGAGGUUCAUUGGGGACGCCAAGAAGGAACGCCCGUCGCACCUUUUUCUGGCGUUCGGUGCCGGCCCUAGGAAUUGCAUUGGUUUAAGAUUCGCCAUGUUUUCUGCAAAACUGGCGAUGGUGGCGUUAUUAAAGAACUUCAAGUUUUCUGUGUGUUCUAAAACCAAUGAUCCUGUAAAAAUUGACAAGAGAGCUUUCCUUUUGAAGGCGGACGGCGGGUUAUGGGUGCGCUUGGACAAAAUAUAGUGGCAUGUCUCAUUUUUAUGUCAAUAAACCUAAAAACUUGAAAGCUUGAAAAUGUCUUGAGAAUAAAUAUUAAAAUGCCUUAUAUUUAUAUAUAUGAAAGUUCAUUGUUGUCAUAUUUUAAAGAUUAUUUCACUGCAAUAUAUUUAGUUUGCAUCAAUAUAUUUACAUUAUAUGCCGUAAUAAAUUAAAUGUAGGUACAUUUAGUCCUUAGUCAUAAAAAAGGUUUAUGGUAUAAGGUAAUUUGGGUUAAUUUAGUUGUAGUUAUAGUUAUAGACUUUAUUACGUAUUAUUAGUAGUAUGUAUUAUUAUUAUUUUAUUUAUGUACAUAAGUGUUGCCAUGUAAUAAGUCUGUGAUCUUCGAAAUCUGUGAUAAGAAGUGCAAACAGUAACAUAAGAAGUGCAAACAGUAACAUAAGAAGUGCAAACAGUAACAUGAGGGAACUGUAGAUAUUAUUUAAAGUAAAUAUUUUGCCUGAAUAUACCUACUGAUUGCUGUAUUUCAUUUAUUAUAUACAAGCUUCGGCUCCCUGCUUCACACGCGUAUUCUCCCCACAGAAACUGCACUUUUUUGGAGAUGAAAAAUAGCAAGUAACCUCUACACGAUUUAUCUAUUCAACUAUCUUGAGAUUUCAACUUUCAUCCAAAAAAAGGGCUAGUUCCCGUAAUACAUUAAUUAAAAACUUUUCUUAAUGAUUUUUUUUUAGAUUACUUUUAUGUACAAAAGGGUACUGUGCAGUAUCCAUCCAGAAUCCUACUAUUUUUUUUAUUUUAUAACACACUAGCAGCUCAUUAACCUGAUGCGAUUUCUUUUACUAUUUUAUUUUAUGUACUAUAUAUAAUUCUAUUUAAAAAAUUACAUAUAUUUUAUGAUAAGGAAAAAGCCAUAAAAAUAAAUGUAUACUGAAGA